CUAGCAGACUACGCCUAGUGGCUUGAAAAAUGGCAUCCAAAGCUCUCAUCUUCUUGGCUCUCUUAUUUCUCUCGGCAGCAUCACCGAAAACUGCCAUUGCAGAGACCAAUGAGGAAGACAAGCCUGGUCUUGCGAUGGACUUCUACAAGGACACCUGCCCUCAAGCCGAGGACAUCAUCAAGGAGCAAGUGAAGCUCCUCUACAAGCGCCACAAGAACACUGCAUUCUCCUGGCUGAGGAACAUCUUCCAUGACUGUGCUGUUGAGUCAUGUGAUGCUUCGCUGCUCUUGGACUCGACGCGGAGGAGCUUGUCGGAGAAAGAAACCGACCGGAGUUUCGGUCUAAGGAACUUCAGGUACCUCGACACCAUUAAAGAAGCUGUGGAGAGAGAGUGCCCUGGAGUUGUUUCUUGUGCGGACAUCCUGGUCUUGUCUGCUAGAGAUGGCAUCGUCUCGCUAGGAGGCCCUCACAUUCCCUUGAAAACUGGGAGGCGAGAUGGUAGGAAGAGCCGAGCUGAGGUGCUCGAACAAUACCUUCCAGACCACAAUGAAAGCAUUUCGGUGGUGCUCGACAGAUUCGCCGCCAUGGGCAUCAAUACACAGGGAGUGGUUGCUUUACUAGGAGCUCACAGCGUGGGCCGAACCCACUGCGUUAAGCUGGUUCACCGGCUCUACCCGGAGGUCGACCCUGUGCUGAACCCGGACCACGUCGAGCACAUGCUUCACAAGUGCCCGGACGCGAUCCCAGACCCAAAGGCUGUGCAGUACGUGAGGAACGACAGAGGCACGCCCAUGGUGCUGGACAACAACUACUACAGGAACAUACUAGACAACAAGGGCUUGUUAAUAGUGGACCACCAGCUUGCCACCGACAAGCGGACCAAGCCCCAUGUGAAGAAGAUGGCCAAGAGCCAGGACUACUUCUUCAAGGAGUUUGCAAGGGCCAUCACCAUCCUCUCUGAGAACAACCCUCUCACUGGUGACGAAGGUGAGAUCAGGAAGCAGUGCAAUGUUGCGAACAAGCACCACUAGAAGGAGAAGUUUGUUGUGCCUCCUUUUGCUUUUGCUCUGUAGGUUCAUCUGUAGGAAUGGGG